AUGUAUAAGUAUGUUUUCAAAGGCCAUGACUCAAUCAGUUUUAAGGUCGUUUCGCAUCAUGCCCCUGAUGACACUGAUGAAAUAAAGGAAUUUCAGCAAGUAAAUCCUCAGCUCCUGUGGGAAAAAUUUCACCGUGACCUCUUAACAGAUUACCAGCACCAAUGCUCAUUUUCUGUCCUUACUCCUUCAGAGACCACAACAAGAGCGUUACAAGACAUUAACAGAUCAUUGGAGCAAAUAGGAAAAAGAAUAACUGAUUACCAAUUAACUUCAAAUGAUUUCCAUUCUCCUUUUCAUGAACGAUUGACACAGGAGAUCGAAAGCGAAAGGGGUUUACAUGGUGAAGCUUUUUUUAUUGAUGGUCCAGGAGGGACUGGUAAAACAUUCUUAUACCGAUCGCUGCUUGCUACAUUUAGAUCGCAGGGUUACAUUGCCAUUGCUGUAGCCACUUCUGGCAUUGCAGCUUCUAUUCUUCCUGGAAGACGAACAGCGCACUCAAGAUUUAAGAUACCAUUGGACUUUUCAAAGAAUAAAGCUUGUCAACUUAGCAAACAAAGCAGUGUUGCCAAAUUGCUUUUAGAGUGUAAACUUAUCCUUUGGGAUGAAGCAUCGAUGGCUAAGCGAGAAACGAUUGAGGCAUUUGAUGAUCUACUUAAAGAUAUAAUGGAUUCUAAUUUGCCUUUUGGAGGAAAAGUUGUAAUUUUUGGUGGAGAUUUUCGGCAAACUUUGUCGGUUAUUGAGCGAGCAACAAAGCAUGUCCUCAUAGAAUCAAGCUUUCCUAACUCUGUUCUCUGGUCUAAGUUACACAAACUGAAACUCACGCAGAAUAUGAGAGCCAUGUUAGAUCCUGCUUUCUCUCAGUUUUUAUUAAGAAUAGGCGAGGGAAGAGAGCCUGUAGAUGCAAACGGCGAAAUCGCUUUAUCACCUGAUAUAGUUAUUUCUUAUUAUGAUAAAGAUCAAUCUUUAAAUAGGUUAGUUGAGAGUGUUUUCCCAGAUUUGCAGCUGUAUUCUAAAGAUCCUUAUAGGAUGAUAAAUAGAUGCAUCCUUACUCCCAAAAAUAGCUCAGUCGAUGAGCUAAAUGAGCUAUUGAUAAACAAAUUUCAUGAAAAUGUUCAAAUUUAUAUAAGUUCAGAUCGGACUGUUGAGCAGCGGCACCAAGGUGACCAUGAAGAUUUUCUAAAUUCGCAGAAUCCAAAAGGACUUCCUCCUCAUAAGUUGCUGCUAAAAGAAAACUGUCCUAUUAUGCUUUUAAGGAAUUUAAAUCCUAAUGAAGGAUUGUGUAAUGGGACAAGGUUAAUAUGUAGAGAGUUUAGCUUGAAUAUCAUUUCUGCAGAAAUUGUUUUUGGCAUUCACGCUGGGAAAACAGUCUUCAUCCCAAAAAUACCUCUUCAGACCUCUGACAAUGAAAGAAAUGGGAUUCCGUUCAUAAGAACUCAAUUUCCUAUCCGCCUCUGUUUUGCUUUAACCAUUAAUAAGGCACAGGGACAAACUCUUGACUCUGUGGGUCUUUACUUGCGUGAACCUGUUUUUUUCCACGGACAGCUUUACGUUGCACUUUCUAGAGCUAGAACUGCUGCUCACCUUAAAGUUCUUCUUAUUCCUGGAACUUUUGAUGAGAAAAAGAUUAACUGCAAAACUAGGAACGGAUCAAAAGUAGAAGCAAUAAUCUUCAAUGCUGAUAUUCCUAAAAUGAGUCCGCUCUUACAUGUUUACAAAAAAUACAAGAUCACGAAUGCUGAAGUGAAGCCUAUCCCAGCAAAAUUUCAGACAACUGAGCUCACUAUCUAA